UAAGUGACGGGACUCGUUAGUUAAUAGCAGAAGUUCAUUACCAAAUUAGGUGAUGGACUUCCGUUGAUAGGCUCUGGUUGAGUGUGGCUCUGCACUGCUUCGUACGUUCAGCUACGCACGUGCGGCUUCUUGUUGCUGAGCAUGUGAAAUAGAUAGGGAGGUUAGCCCACAAGUCACAUGUAUAUGUCUGUAGAUUUAGGUACCUGUAGUUAGCUAGUCAUGGCAGAAUUGAAACAUGUAGCUGAUAAAGCAGUGGAUUCGGCCGCCCAAGAUCUUUUCUCUCUAAGCCAAGACAUCUGGAAAACACCUGAGUUGGCUCAUGAAGAAAACUUUGCACACGAACGUUUGACUAAUUUCUUACGAGAUCGUGGCUUCUCAGUGGAAUGCCAGUACAAGGGCAUGAAAACAGCUUUCCGGGCAACACAUGGACCGGAAAACUCUAAGCCGCAUGUGGUGAUAUUCUGCGAGUACGAUGCUCUGCCGGGGAUAGGGCAUGGCUGUGGACACAAUCUGAUCGCUGAGCUUGGCGUGGCCGCCGGACUUGGGGUCAAGGCAGCCAUGGAGGCUGCCGGGGAAAAGCUCGGUCAGCUGACGUUGUUGGGGAGUCGCGAAGAGGAAGACGGUGGGAAAAUAGACUUGAUGUCAGCGGGGGCUCUAGACGGGGUGGAUGCGGCCCUCAUGUCUCACCCGGCCGGGUUUGAACUUCCCCGCCAAAAAUCUCUUGCCAUUAAGGUAUUGACCAUACGUUACAAGGGGCGGGCAAGCCACGCCUCAGCCUUCCCAUGGGGAGGAGUUAACGCCCUUGAUGCUGCCGUCCUCUGCUACCAAAACUUGUCCUGCUUAAGACAGCAGCUCAAACCGGGAUGGCAAAUGCAUGGUGUAAUAACAAAUGGCGGCGCGAAAGCGAACAUAAUCCCGGAAUUGACCGAAUUAAGUUAUUACAUCCGGGCAUCGUCUGCUAAGGAUCUCCUCGAACUCAGAGUCAAAGUUUUCGCGUGUAUAGAGGCGGCGGCAAAAGCUACUGGUUGCACGGUAGAGAUCAUUGAGGAGGGCAUUCCAUACCUGAACGUUAUCCAGAAUGAAACUCUGAUUAAGUCUUACCUGAGUAAUCUGAAGGAGAUAGACGAAGACGUGAGGGCUUCCCCAGAGCCCAUUGUUGGGGGCUCCACGGACAUGGGCAAUGUGUCUUACGUUGUCCCGUCCAUCCACCCGUCCUUCAGUAUAGCCCCAGGGCUUUUUAACCACACUCGGGAGUUUACAGUCGCGUCAGGUGAUGUCUCCGCUCAGGCGCGUACAUUGAUCGAAGCGAAGGUCUUGGCGAGAGUGACACUGGAUAUUUUUCAAAAUCCAGAUUUAUUGAUACAAGCAAAGGCGGAUUUUAGAAACGACCUUGAGGCCAAUGGAGGUGACGCUGUUGAAGAACUGUUAGCAUCAGGAAGAUAAACGAUAAUAUAUUGAAAUAUAUUAGUGAAUAUUGUAUAUAUUAUAUAGUGAAUAUUGACGUGUGCAAUAUGGCAGAAAAGGUGCAAUGUUGGCUUAUUUGAAGGACGUGCACUUAAAAAGAUUGAUCCUUUAUUGCAAACACAUAUCACUUAACUUUUGUUUUAGUAAUGAAUGUAACGCUUAUCAUGGUGAAUAUUAUGGAAGCUGAGCUGGGUACGACGUAACCAAUCUCAGGAAGAUGCACCAUCUGCUUUGUAUAUGGCAUUCAUUCAACAGCUGAAGUUAAUCGGAUGAACGGUUGUAAAAGUUCUAUCGUUAUACCGUUAAGAAACACUCUGUCUUCUUAUGACAGGU